UUCCUCUCUAUAUUUCAAUUCAAAUAUUGUUCCCAUCUUUGCUUUCCCUUUUAAUGUUCUUCCCGUAAUAUAUUCCCUUCUUCCAUUUCUCUAAAUUUCCAAAUUGAUUCUGAUUUCUCCAUGGAUCCUCAUAACUAUCUUCGAAAUCCCACCUUAGAACCUGACCCCCAACUUCCCAACAUCAAAAUUCACCAUCCAGCUUCCCCUCGCCACCCAUCCGCCGCCACUCCCGUCGCCACCCCCACCCCUACUGCCGGUGCCCGCCGCAAGGUUGGUGUCGCUGUUGACCUUUCCGAGGAGAGUGCUUAUGCUGUUCAUUGGGCUGUUCAACACUAUAUUCGCCCUGGUGAUGCUGUCAUUCUCCUCCAUGUUAGCCCUACUUCCGUCCUUUUCGGCGCCGAUUGGGGCUCUAUUGACAUUACUCUCGAUACCGUCGGUGAUAACCCGGAUGAUGAUGGUGCUUUGAAUUCUGAAAAUGGUCAACAGCAGAACCACACCGAGCGCUCUAAACGUAAAUUGGAGGAUGAUUUCGAUGCCUUCACUGCCUCUAAAGCUGCCGAUCUAGCUAAGCCCUUGAAAGAUGCUCAGAUUCCUUACAAGAUUCACAUUGUGAAAGAUCAUGAUAUGAGAGAGAGGCUUUGUUUGGAAGUGGAGAGGUUGGGGCUGAAUGCCCUGAUCAUGGGUAGUCGGGGUUUUGGUGCAGCAAAGCGUGGAAAUGACGGUGGACUCGGGAGCGUUAGCGAUUAUUGUGUGCAUCAUUGUGUGUGCCCUGUAGUGGUGGUGCGUUUUCCGGACGAGAAGGACGUUGGGGUCGGUCUUAGUUCUCUGGCUGCGCGGAAGCCGGACGUUGACGCCCGGAAAAAGCCAGUAGCCGAGCCAGCGGAGUCUAAAGGUUGCUGAUGCUUGGAUCCAGAACUCUGAGGCCUGGGAUUUGCAUGCUAGUCAGAAUCUUAUUGAUUUAGAAACCACUGAGUGGGCUGCUUUGUCUCAUUUAUUAUCUUCUGUCCGUCUUCGUUACUUGCUUGAUUCUUGGACCUGGACCAUCGAUCCUUCCUCCACAUUCACUGUUAGAUCUCUUACGGAUGAUUUGGUGGGCACUGUUGAUCUCAAGUCAAGGAUGUGUAUUCUUCUAUUUGGAAAGAUAAUUUUCCUAAGAAAAUCAUAAUUUUCUUAUGGGAGCUCAGUCUUGGUGCUAUUAACACUGCUGAUCGACUUCAACAGUGUAUGCCCUAUUUGUCAUCUCUCUUUCAUGGUGCCACUUGUGACAUAGUCAAACUGCAACUGCUGCACAUUUGUUCAUUCAUUGCCCUUUUGCUUUGCAUUUUUUGGCAUACCAUGUUGCAGGCUUUUGGUUGGUCAACUGCUUUUUCUUUUAUCAUGCUAGACAACAUUGCUUCCUUAUUGGUUGGUCAUCCUUUUCAUGGUACUAAAAAGACUCUGUUAGCUAUUGUUCCUGCUUUCUUCUGAACCUUGUGGGGCGAGCACAAUAAACGUCUUUUCAGGGAUCUUCCUUCCAGUUUUGAUUUUUUUAUUGAUUCUUCUCUUUCUACUGUGUUGUACUAGUGCAAAUCUAAGCCACCUUUUCUUUUUUCGAAAAGGAAACAACCCUGAUGAUAUUAAUAAAAUGAGACUAAUGCUCAAAGUACAAGAAAAAUAUACAAAUAGCUAGAAUCUCUAAGGGACAAAGGAUCCAAAAUCCAAAUACACGGACAAACAAAACAAGGCCCAAGAGCUUACAAACUCCAAACAAGGCAGAAAAAUAAUCAAAACAGCAACUGAAAAAAUUCAAUCUCUUUGUAUUACAUUUCUUUCAGAUUAUGAUGCGAGAAAAAUUUGUCUUGGAGGAAAAGUUAUCACUUCUGAAUAUGAAGUCUUUAAGGAGAUUCCUGGUCUAGGCCUUGUCUUGUCAAACAUUCUAAACAUGCCUAGAGGACCAUAUUUAAAAUGACUUGUUGUAGACAGAAUCAAGUUUGUUGUAGGCCAACAGAAAUAUCACAUUCUUGGAGGAUAUUUGGAUUGGCCUUGAACACCGUAAGAGUUAAAAAUAUCUUAUCAGUUGUGUAUGGAAAUUUAAGUCAUUUUUCGGAUUCAGCCUUCAAAAGGAACUUUACGAAUCAUGAGAUGGUCAAAUGGAUAUCACGUAUGAACCUCAUUACUUAUUAGUUGCUGCAAGCCUGUAACGUCCUUCCUCAUCAAGAUGGAUGGUUGUGGGUCAAAGACAAGACCCCGUUGCUGCCAUUGUUAGUGGUUUAGAUAUUCCAAAUGAUUUUGGUGUCAGUGAUCUAUUCCUUUGCAAAAUGGACUUGAAGGGGUAAUCAUCUUAUGAUUUUGCAUGAUGUUAGGCUCCCCGUUUGGCUAAUGAUUAUUAGCCUCAUACUUAGUUUGCUCUAUCCUUUUUUUUCUAAUAAAAGCAACAAUUUUCGUUGAGAAAAAAAUUGAAAGAAUUAAGGGUAUAAAAAAAACAAGCACAUAAAGGCACCUCAACUAAAACAAGGGUUCCACCUAAGUAAAAUAUUUCCUAGAGAAUAGUUACAAAAAGCUUCGCAACCGAAGCCCAAAGAGAAACAUGAAAUCUAGCUAAGGACCAAACAUCAUAAGGGCUCCUAUCUCUUCCUCUAAAUACCUUAUCAUUCCUCUCCCUCAACUAUUCCAAAUACACGCUAGCAAGCGACGAAAAACAGCCUUUUUGAAAAGCGGAUGGAGGAGGAAUUCCUUGAUCAACACACAAAUACUUCUUUGACCAGCGAAGCUAACAUCAAACUCCUACAAAAAAGAACUCCACACAGCCCGCACGAACUUGCAAUCCCAAAAAAGAUUAUACAGGUCUUCCUCCGCCUUCCGUUAAAGAAUACAGCAAAAAGGCCCAACAAACGAGGACUUUCUCCUUGCCAAAAUAUCCAUAGUGUUCACACAACUUAGCAAAACAAACCAAAUAAAAAACCUAACUUUCUUCAAAUUCUUAAUCCUCCAGACCAUAAAAAACAGACUCCCUAAUUGGGGAGGAUCCAACAGAUUGAACAAUGAGUUACACGAGAAACCCUGGCUAGGAUUAGGGCUCCAAAUAUGAACAUCCAUUCUUCCCACGCUAAAAUCACAGCCCUCGAGCAAAGAAAGAAGAGAGGUCACUUAUAUCGUUUUCCUAUUGGACAAAUGAUGACAGAACCCAAAGGAAAAGGACACAGAAGUCUCAGACCAAAGUAGAAAAUCUGAAAUAGGAUCAUUUUGAAAGAAGACAAGUGAUAGAGAUCGUGUAAUUUGUAAAUAGAACAAAAAGAGCUAUCCCCCACCCACUGAUCCUCCCAAAAAUAAGUAUCCCUACCAUUCCCUACAAUGCAACGAGUAAAAGGAGAGAAAUUAGGAAGCUCAAGAGAAAUGUCUUUCCAAGGGUUUUGGUUUGUGCCUUUAGCCUCUUUCUCCAUCCAAUCAAAAAGGGGCGUGAAAAAGAUGGGUGGUUUUACGCUAGACCACAUUAAUAUCAAGCUUCUCAAAUCAGAACAACAGUUGUAUGAAGCUGUCUAAGCUAUUGGAUGCCAAUUAGCUGGUUGACACUUUUUCAAAACGAGAUGCCUUUGUCUAGAUGGAAAAUGAAGCUCUAGUUUGGGUUGGAAUAGGUGCCAACAUUGCUAGGGUGAAGCACCCAAAUAUAGACUUUAGCUUCUCUUGUUUUAGCUCUUUGUCAAGUUAUUGACAGUAGCUUUGGGAGUCUAUUAGAACACUUGCUAACAAGAACUAGAUCUUAAUUUAUUAUAAUGAACUAUAAGAAAAUACAAGAUAAACCCAAGUAUAAGGCACUUGGAACCUCCCUCUUGAGUACUCUCACCCAAGCCCUAAAUCCCUCCACAGAAUAACCUCCCUCUCUCACUUACCCUCCCUUAUUUUAUAACAAGGUGUAACCACCCUAGUAACCUCACUUACAUAAUAACUACUAGUAACCACACUUACACAAUAACUACUAGUAACUUCCUAAGUAUCUAAUUACCCUUAACCCCUAACCCUAUACUAAUCUAAUUAUCCUUAUACAAGAUAAACCCAUGUAUACUAAUCUAGGUAUCUAACAUCUAGGCAUCCCAAUGGGAAGCAGAUUCCCAAGUGCUCUAAGCGUAUUUUUUGGGAGGUGUUUCCGAGAUUUCGGACCCCAAAACCUUGGGAGAGCUUGGCAAUCUUGGGAACAUGGAUGAUUGGCCUUCCUGCAGUGCUUACUUUGUGUUUGUUUUUCUGUCAUUGUAUUAUGGCAAUUUCUGUGCCUGUAAUUUUUAAGUUGUACCUUCUAAUGAAGUUGAAAUUUGAUAAAGUACGUGGUAUGUGUCAAUUUCUUAUUCUUGCCCACUCUUGCAUGUUGAAUCUCGUACACACAUAAUAAGCAAAAA